CAAACGUAAUUGCUUUUAUUCCACAUAGUACUUGACUUGCGUCGUGUCUUUUAUGCUUUCUUUUGGGGCCGUGUUCGGUGUUGUUGUGCGGAACAUAGGCAAAGCCCGGGCUCUGACAAAGACUUCUUCGAUCCUUGGACUGCAACACACAACUUUAUCUGUGAUCCCUGGACAUUACAACAACCAGACUAUGGCAGCGAGCACGAAAGUCACACGCGAAUGGUACCCGCCGGCGGCCGACGGUGCACAGACAGCACCGUUGCUAUUAUAUAACAGCUUCGUGGACGAAAAGGUUCCUUUCGUGCCGGCAGCCGGGCCCAACAGCAAGCAAAUCACUUGGUAUGCGUGCGGACCGACUGUCUACGAUGUCGCACACAUGGGGCACGCACGCAACUACCUGAGCUUUGAUAUCGUGCGGCGGGUACUGGAGGACUAUUUUGGAUACAACUGCCUUAUGGUGAUGAACGUGACUGACGUCGACGACAAAAUCAUUCUACGCGCUCGCCGCAACUUCCUGCUUGCUCAGUAUCGGGGCUCAGGCAAGAGCGCCCAAGAGGUCAAGGGGUUCGCUGCGGGCGCCCUCCAAGCGGCUGUUGCCAAGCAGCGCAGCAAAGUGGAGCAGCUGCAGGGCCAGGUUAAGACGGCGGAGGCGGAAGUGGAGGCUGCGGGCGAUGACAAGAAGGCCGCCACCUUUGCCCAGCGCAAGGUGGAGGACCUGCAGGAGGCGGUGAAGGGGGAGGCGCUGAAGGGCCGGCAGGCGGAGGAGGCGCUGGCAGCGCUGGAGGCGGUGCCGUUGACAGGCGUUCCGGCCGACGUUGACGCGCUGUUGGCGGUGAGCGGCGACUACGUUGCGGAGGCGCUGGACCGGGAGCUGGGGGCGGCGGUGACGGACCCCUCCGUCUUCCGCGGGCAUGCGGCCAAGUACGAGCGCGAGUUCCUGGAGGACAUGGACGCGCUGGGCUGCCGGCGGCCUGACGUGCUGACCCGCGUGUCCGAGUACAUCCCCGAAAUCAUCGCCUACGUGCAGCGCAUCAUCGACAACGGCAUGGCCUACGCCUCCAACGGAUCCGUGUACUUCGACACGCAGAACUUCAAGUCAUGCGGGCACACGUACGGCAAGCUGAACCCCUGGGCGGUGGGCAGCGCGGCGCUGGCGGCUGAGGGCGAGAGCAACUUCGAGACCAGCGAAAAACGCAGCCCGCAGGACUUUGCGUUGUGGAAGGCUGCCAAGCCCGGCGAGCCGGUGUGGGAGUCUCCCUGGGGUCUGGGUCGGCCGGGGUGGCACAUCGAGUGCAGCGCAAUGGCCUCCUCCAUCAUUGGCUCGCGGCUGGACAUCCACACGGGUGGCGAGGACCUGCGCUUCCCGCACCACGACAAUGAGCUGGCGCAGGCGGAGGCGUACUACCACUGCGACGGUUGCAAGCAGUGGGUCAACUACUUCCUGCACUGCGGCCACCUGCAUAUCGAGGGACUCAAGAUGUCGAAAUCCCUCAAGAACUUCAUCACCAUCAGGGAGGCGCUCUCCACCUUCAACGCUCGGCAGCUGCGGCUCAUGUUCGUGCUACAGCCCUGGAACAAGACCAUGCUGUACGGCGAGCAGAGCCGCGCGGAGAUGAAGGCGCGCGAGGCGCAGCUCAAGAACUUCUUCCAGAACGUGGACGCGGCGGUGCGCGGUGCGGACGUCAACGCGACGGAGCAGCGUUGGACGCCCGAGGACUUCGAGCUCAACAGCCGCAUCGGCGCCACCCAAACGGCGGUUGACGCGGCCCUGCGUGACAACGUCAACACGCCGGCCGCCAUGGAGGCGCUGUCCGAUCUCAUCAAGGCAGUCAACAAGUACCUCGAAAAGAAGCAGGAGCCCGGGGCCGCCCGGCCACUGCUGCUGCGGAAGGCGGCGGCCUACGUGACACGUAUUCUCUCGGUGUUCGGCAUCGUUGAAGCACCCAGCGACCGGCCUGGGUUUACGGAGGCGGCGGGUGGCGCCGGCAGCGACGCUGCAGCCCCUCGCUUCCUGGACGCGUUCACGGCCUUCCGUGAUGAGGUCCGCGCGUUGGGCAAGGCCAAGGCUGACCCACGGGACGUUGCUGCGGUGUGCGACCGGUUGCGUGACCAGACGCUGCUGGAGCUCGGGGUGCAGCUGGUAGAUGGGCCGAACGGCAAGUCCUCCUGGCGGCAGGCGGACCCCGCCUCCAAGCUCGCCGCCAACACCUGCCGCUACGUGGACGCGCUGGCCGCAUUCCGGGACGAGGUGCGCCUCAUGGCUGCGGAGGCCGCCGAGCCGCGGGCCGUGCUGGCGGCGUGCGACCGACUGCGUGACGAGACGAUGGUGGAGCUGGGCGUGAGGCUGGAGGACCGGCCAGACGGCAAGGCGGUAUGGAAGCUUGACGACCCGGCAGCCAUGCGCGAGGAGAUCGCUGCCCGCGCCGCCGCGGCCGCCAGCGCAGCUCGCAAAAAGCUGGAGGGCGCGAUGGAGCGGAAGGUGAAGGAGCUGGAGAAGAUGGAGGGGCUGGCUGCUCUGCCGCCCGUCCAGGCGGUGUUGGCUGACAAGUACAGCAAGUUCGAUGAGGCCAGCGGAGAGCCCACCCACGACAAGGAGGGCAAGCUGUUGGAGGGCAAGGCCAAGGACAAGGCCCGCAAGGACUUCGAGAAGGCCGCCAAGGUGCGCGAGCCGCUCACCAAGAAGCUGGCUGAGGACCCCAACUGCCUGGCAGCCAUGCGGGCGGAGGUGGAGGAGCUGCGGCGGCAGCUGCAGGCCCUCAGCACGUGAGCGUGGCGUCGUCGUAUUGACCUGCUUUAGCAAGCAUGCCGGCAUGGGGAUGGGACUAUGGGCAGUGUCUGCGUUAGGGGCAGCUACAUGCAGCAGCCCGGAGGCUCAGGCCGGGCUGAUUGUGUGGUACGUUGCAAUGUGGGAUGGGUGUUUUACAUGCGUUGACGGGGCUUAAGUGCUGGCGGCGGUGGUGCGGUGUGGAUUACUGGGUGUACGCAGUGGGGAGGGGGAAUGAGGAAACCGACGAUUAAUGACUAGGCAGAGCAACCUGCCGACCCAAGUACGCCAACUUAAGGCAAUAGCGGUGCACUUACCAGUGGUUAUUGCCACACAAAGUUAAGCGGAACGUUGCCUGCUUGGGGCAGGGUGCGCUUAUGAGUUAGUAGGGCACGAGAGCUGUAGCACUGGAUGGGGUUACCGCUCAUACCGGUGUCGUACUCGUGUUGGGGUACUGCGAGGGUGGAUGGGGUGUUGGUGUUGGCGGAGGCAAGCCGGGAUGCGAGGGGCCGCCGGCUGAGGACUUCCAGGAGCCGGCACGGGGCUGGUUUGGCGAGCCGGCGGUGGGUGCAAUUUUGCCAGAGACUACGUAUGCCAUGUCAGACUUAUAAAAGCUUGGGUGGCCCCGCGACUGAUGGGGACUUGAUAGCAACGUGCCUUAUGCUUGCGGUGCUGUCCGUGACUUGAAGGCUAGGGGAGUUGUAUGUUUCCGUUUGGGAUCAUGUGGGCGGUGGCUAAGAUGUUUUAUUGCGUGUGUGGGGUGGAGCUCAUUUGCUUUUGGCAUAUCUGCGGUUUUGUUUCUUGCGUAGCUUGAGUGCCUUGGCCAGGAUUUGGUGCAAACAAGGGGUGUGGUGGGGGCACGUGUGUUAGCCUCUAGCCCUUGGACUUCUCGAAAAUGAAUUUUAUGCUCGCUCGUGCGCUAACGUGGGUUCAUACCCUGCCGGAAUCGGCAGUGGGGCUUUGCAGGUGCAAGGUCUACUCAGGAUGGGAUUAGCCGGACGUUAGGGUACAGCCGAGGUCUUGGCACUGUGGUGUUAGUACUGCUGACGGGACGGACGUCUCCUUCCGCGCUUGUUACAAAGUUUCAUUUCCUGGCGAUGGCAUG